AUGGCUGUGUAUGUAGGUGCAAGCACAAGUGGGCAGAAGGUGAAGAAGGAUGGACAGAUCCCGAAAAAGGAGAAAAAAGAGCAACUGACAACUGUUCAUGCCCAGGACGGCCCUGAGCGAACCCGAGAGAAGGGGGCGAGGCGACACCCCUGCACCAGGGAGACCGAGACAGGGGCCAGUGAAGGGCCAGAGGAGCGGCUACACGCGGACGACUUGCCCUCCCCCAGGCCGGCAGCACCGCACGGGGCCCCCCCGAGCGCCCGGCUCCUCCGGGGGAAGAGAGCCCAGGUGCACGGCCAGCCCCCCACGGCUUCCCGGGUCUCCCUCAGGAGGAAUGCGGGGGAAUCUGAUGGAGGAGGGGAGGGGCUUGCGGCACCAGCACACAGGCCUCGGCGGACAGGGCUCCCACCCGCGCAGGCGGCCAGCAGGCCGGCCGGCAGCUCUGCCCCUCGGCAGAGCCGGGACGGUGAUGCGGUCGGACCUCAGCGGGUCACAGGCCAGCCAGACUCUGGGCCCCCAAAAAGAGCCCUGCUGGCCUUGGAGCCUGGCCUGCUCACCCCGGCUCCACGCCAGGCAGGGGAGUCCCGCCUCAGGCCUGCCCACUGUGGAGUGCAGCUCCUGGCCCCGCCUGGAAAAGACCAGAAAGCCUGGCCAGAGCACCUGCACGCUGCUUACCUUAGUGACACUCAAGCAGAGAGGGCGGCAGGCAGAGCUGACCGUCCUCGCAGCAAAGCCCAGGGUACCAUUUGGCCAGGGAACUUGGCCUGCAGGUCAGCUUGA